AUGCCUAAAAUCAGAAAGCCAACAAAUAACAAUUUCGAUUCCAAGUUUAAUAAAAGGGAAAUUAAUAUUGGUGACGAAAGCCAUAAUUAUGUUCACAAACCGACGUUCCCUUUCUCCUUAUCUUUAAAUAACAUUAUAAGUGUUAUUAAAGCACCUAAAAACAAUAAAAUAGCAAAAACAUUUCCAAAUGCUUUCAUCACCUAUAAAAAGGCAUUAAUUAAAGAGAAUCGUAAUAGAAACAUCAAAUUACCUCCUAUGCGUCACCUUUCUAAAAUUACAUCAUGUUAUUGGGAUGAAGAACCAGAAAAUGUAAAAGAAUUUUACAAAAAGUUAUCCGAGGAUGCUAAAUCUUUUUAUAAGCAAAAUACGAUUCAAAUCGUAUUUGAUAAACAUGUCGAAGAGGGUUCACGUAUGACAAGUGUAAUUAGUGGAACUGAUUUGAAUUAUAUCCAAGACAUUAAGGAUCCCGUUGAAAAUAUAAUUUAUACGCAAAAUUCUACAAGCGUGUAUCUUCCGAUUGAAGAUAAUUCUGCCAGCUUCCAAGCUACUUUUCCAAAUAGUAACUUUUUCGAAGACCCGUAUUUAAUGAAUCAAGUUUCUAACGAUCAAGAGUAUAUUAGAAUGUUGGAAUACGAAAGCGUGCAUUUUUCACCUCUGCAAUUUGAUUCAGAUUAUGUCAAUAUUACCCAAGGUUUUGAGGUUCCCGUUGAGGAUAUAAUCUUUACGCUGAACUCGUAUCUUCCUAUUGAAGAUUAUUCCACCUGUAACAAUCGAGAGUAUGGAAUGGAACAUAUUUUUACUGAUUUCUUAUUGGUUGAAAAUAAUCAAAAAAGUGUUUCAACUUAUGGCGCAGACUCGAAUUAUAUCAAUUAUGGAACUGGGGAAGUUCUUCCCGUUGAAAAUGUAAAUAUGUGUCUUCUGACCCUUUUUUAA